ACGCACAAGUCAAACGUGCAGCCGAGGGAUCGUGUUGGUAUCGUGACUUAAUUACGUGUCCAAGCUAGCAGUCGCAGCUCGCGAGUAGCCGCCGGAGAUGGGUGCACCGGCGGGCUCCGUCGUCGUGGCCACCACGGUGGUAGUUUUGGCAGUGGUUUCUUCACUGUGCGGCGGCGCGCGCGCGCAGGACAUGGACAACGAGUGGGCGCGGCCGCCGUACCGCGGGUACUUCGGCGGCCCCAGCUCAUUGCUGCCGCAGUCGGACGUGGAUCUGCUGGAGUUCCCGCUGAACCUGGAGUACCUGGAGACGGAGUUCUUCUGCUGGUCGGCGCUGGGCUACGGCCUCGACGCCAUCGACGCCAACCUCACCGGCGGCGGGCCGCCAUCCAUCGGCGGCCAGUCCGCCUCCCUCACCCCCUUCGUGCGCGACGUCGCCACCCAGUUCUGCUACCAAGAAGUCGGCCACCUCAGGGCGAUCAAGCAGACGGUGAGGGGUUUCCCGCGGCCGCUGCUGGACAUCAGCACGGCCAACUUCGGAAAGAUCGUGGAGCAGGCGCUGAACGCCACUCUGGACCCGCCCUUCAACCCCUACGAGAACAGCGUCAAUUUCCUCAUCGCCUCCUACAUCAUCCCCUACGUCGGCCUCACCGGCUACGUCGGCGCCAACCCCAAGCUCCUCACCCCUCAGGCCAAGAAGCUGGUGGCGGGAUUGCUGGGAGUGGAGUCGGCGCAGGACGCGGUAAUCCGGACGCUGCUGUACGAGCGCGGGAUGUCCCGUGUGGCGAGCUACGGCGUCGGGGUGGCGGAGCUGACGGCGCACAUCUCGGACCUGCGGAACGCGCUGGGGAGGCGGGGGAUCAAGGACGAGGGGCUGGUGGUGGCGCCGGGACAAGGGCCGGAGGGGGUGACCGUGGGGAACAUCAUCGCCGGCGACCACCUCUCGCUGGCCUACGACCGCACGCCCGAGGAGGUCCUCGGCAUCGUGUACGGCACCGGGAACCCCGCCCAACGCGGCGGGUUCUUCCCCCAGGGCGCCGACGGCCGCAUCGCCAGGGGAUUCCUCGCUAGUGGCCAGUGAAGUGCUGUUCCUGCAAGAAGUGUAGACUAUACCUGUUUGUGUGUUGAGGUGUUGUUGUGUUACCUUUCGAGUCUGGAUAAACUGGAUGAUACAUGAGGGUGAAAAAUAAGUCCAAUAAAUGGAUGCACAAUAUGCAAGGUUACAUAUGUAUCUUCUCGCAAAAAAAAAGGGAAAAAUGUGUUCUCAACU